ACAAACACCACACCGCGCGCCACGCCUCCGUCUGCCGGCGGUGACCGAGCCAGCUCAUCAGCGGCCAAGGAGCGGGAUGCCGGGGCCAGGAGCGCACCUGCUGUACGCUCUGUCGGGCGGUGCGGCGCUGUCUCGGCUCGCCGGCCCGGACCGCCGCUUCGGGCCGCACCACUGCGCCGUCUACGCAGCGAACGCGUUCCUCGGCCCGGACCUCGGCUCCUUCGCCGAGUGGCUCUGCUCCUUCCUCCCCUCGGCCUCCGCCGCGGGGGACCUCGCCAUGGCCGCCGUGCACCACCCCUUCUACUACCCGCUCCUCCUCGGCCUCCCGCUCGCCUGGGCCUACGCCUGGCUCUCCCGCCGUCUGCUUCGCGCCGGCGUCCUCGACUCUCCCUCCGGGGUACCAUUAAGAAAGAGGCAGUGUUUCUUGCUGAUCUCUGCCGGCUCGCUCUCCCACUUUUUCUUGGAUCACUUGUUUGAGGAGAAUGGGCAUUCUACAAUGUACACUUGGAUACUGAGCACUGGUUGGUGGAAAGGUCGUGCUCCUAUCAAUCCAGAUGCAGUGCUCGUCGUAGGACUUCUUUGCACUUGCCUCAUGGGGGGAUAUGUGUACAUCAACAGAGUGAAUCAUGGAAGGUCUGCAGCAGAAAAAUCAAACCAAUCUUUCUUUCUCAUUCUGAUGAUAGCCACCCUGUACUGUAUGUGGUGUGCCAGUCAGAUAUACCUGCGGCAACCCCCUCAACCUGCCAUAGGUGAAGAAGCUGAUCUCGGAGUGAUAAUAUUUCUUGCGAUUUAUCUUUUUCUCCCACAUGGCCUGUGCGCCCUUUCGAUGAAUCAAAAGGAUUAUACAGAUGCACUGAAUGAAUUGCCACUUCAAUAAUGCGUGUCGUUAUUAUUCAUUUUUCUUCCAGUCUGUGCAGAAUAUCAGUUUGGUAACAGUCUGGUUUCUGCAUUAUGUUGUAAUUAGAUUUAGUUACUACCUGAAUGAUUACUAGUGCACUUAUGUAUAGCCCUGUAAUUCUGGAAGCAUAUAUUAUUGUGGAACAAAGCUGUAUGGAUGGUGCUGACUUCUGGUGAAAAAGAAUUUCAUCUUUUUCAUUGGUCGCAGAGGUGGAUCAUAUGGAUUUGUAUUCAAGGCACA